UGGCAGCCAUGGUAUGGAGCGGGCCGAAUCCAGAUUCCUCUUUACGCAAUUAUAUUCAUAUUGGCUGUUACAGGAAACAUUCUCGUCAUACUCACUUUGGUGCAAAACCAACGCAUGAGGACCAUAACCAAUUUAUUCCUGCUGAACUUGGCAAUAUCUGAUCUCCUUCUCGGCGUUCUCUGCAUGCCAUUUACACUUAUUGGGGCUCUUCUCAGAGAUUUCGUUUUCGGGGCAGUAAUGUGUAAACUGCUGCCAUUUCUACAAGCUUGCUCAGUAUCGGUGGGAGUUUGGACUUUAGUAGCGAUAUCUGUUGAGAGAUAUUAUGCCAUCUGCCAUCCUUUACGCUCGUUACGAUGGCAGACUCUGAAUCAUGCCUACAAACUGAUUUUGUUUAUCUGGAUUGGAAGCAUUAUCUGUAUGGCCCCUAUAGCAGCUCUCAGCCAAUUACAGCCAACACGUCAAGGCAAUCAAAAAUGCAGAGAAAACUGGUCGUCGUUGAAGUGUGAAAAAGCAUACAAUUUAUUUUUGGAUGCAAUACUUUUAGUUAUACCACUUUUGGUGAUGGCAGUAACUUAUUCCUUAAUAACGAUAACGCUUUGUAAAGGAAUGAAGACUGAAAAAUCCAUCAGAAGUAAUGGUGUGAACGCUGUCAAUGUAUAUGUCAACCUCAGAGGAAGAAGCUCAACCCGUUCGUCUUGCAAAAAUUCGUUUUGUCCAUAUUCAAGUAGACAACAGCUUCAACAAAAUUGGUCACAAGAUUCAAACAGUCCUAUUAUAGGUUCCAGAAAACUAACUACAGGUUUGAGGAAAUCAAAUGCAGAACGGAGCCUUCUGAAUAAGAGAAGAGUCGUUAAAAUGUUAUUUGCUGUUGUUUUGGAAUUUUUCAUUUGUUGGACGCCGCUAUACGUAAUCAACACUAUUGCUCUAUUCGAUUCUACAGUGGUUUACAAAAGUAUCGGUUAUACAGGAAUCAGUUUUUUCCAACUGCUGGCAUAUACGUCAAGUUGUUGUAAUCCAAUAACUUAUUGUUUCAUGAAUUUUGGUUUCAGGAAAUCUUUUUUGAAUUUGUUCAAAUGUAUGAAAACAUCUAAUCACUCCACGACGACAGGGAGUGGAAUUAAUUUGGAGACUAAAUGGACGAACAGACUCAGCGAACCUGCCUGUAACUGAAAAUCACGUCAUUUAUUUGAACAGUUAACAAUAAUAUUAUAGAGUUUGACUGAUUGUUACGAUUUUUCUAAUAUUAGGAUGA